AUGGAAGAACGACGAUUGGCGCCGAAGUCACCGGGGACGGACUUCAUCCCCAGCUCAGCUCCUCCACGGCUUGGCGGGGCCUACUCAGAGUGCCAGCGAGGCGAAAGAGGCCUACGCCUGGGGCCUGGCCGCGGUAGCCGGCAAACGCGGCGCGCACAGCGGGGUAACGGACAAGCCCUAGCCGCUCUCGGGAACCUACGCCGACUCGGCCGCUCAUUGUCUCUCCCUUUCCACCCGGGGGGCAAACAGGAAGCGCGCCGCCAGGCCAAGCGACGGACGAGCGCCCGGACCAAUGAGCACAGCCGACGGAGAGCGCAGCGGCGAAUGAGAGCGAAGAAGAGGGGCGGGCCUUCCGGGCAGGCUGUCACCCUCUUCCCCCCUUUUGGGCUGGAGGCUCCACCUUUUGUGUUUCCCGCACAGUCAAUCAAAAUAGGAAAAAAAAUCCCCGGACCGCUCCGGCCGUGUCCGCCGCCGCUUCCCGCAUCCUCUCUCGCCGCCGCCGCCUUCGCUCCUCACCAUGUCCGAGAGAGAGCAACCCUUGCUGCCGCCGCUGACCACAGCCCGUCCGGGGCCGCCGCUGCGGGCCGCCGGCCCCGAGAGUGCGACCGAGUGUCUGAGAGAGAGGCAGAAAGCCGCAUUCCCCUCCGCCUGCCCUCCCCGCCAGCCACCAUGCAGCUUCCCAGCCCUAACCAUGCCGUCUUCCCGCCGGGCCCCGGGGCGGGCGGCUCGGCCCGCCGGGAGCACGUCCCCCUGUGUGCGGGCGCGGAGUUAAGUAGUCGGCCAUUGAAAUUGAAUAUGAGUAUCUGUGUUACAAAAAUAGAGACAGGUGAUUUGGCUUCUGCACAGUUAGGAGGAGCACCAAACCGAUGGGAGGUUUUGUCAGCCACACCUACAACUAUAAAAGACGAAGCUGGUAAUCUAGUACAGAUUCCAAGUGCUGCUACUUCGAGUGGGCAGUAUGUCCUUCCCCUUCAGAAUUUGCAGAAUCAACAAAUAUUUUCAGUUGCUCCAGGAUCAGAUUCAUCAAAUGGUACAGUGUCCAAUGUUCAAUAUCAAGUAAUACCACAAAUUCAGUCAACAGAUGGUCAGCAGGUUCAGAUUGGUUUCACAGGCUCUUCAGAUAAUGGGGGUUUAAAUCAAGAAAGCAGUCAAAUUCAGAUUAUUCCUGGCUCUAAUCAAACCUUACUUGCUUCUGGAACACCUCCUGCUAAUAUCCAGAAUCUCAUGCCACAGACUGGUCAAGUCCAGGUUCAGGGAGUUGCAAUUGGUGGUUCAUCUUUUCCUGGCCAAACCCAGGUAGUUGCUAAUGUGCCUCUUGGUCUGCCAGGAAAUAUUACCUUUGUACCAAUCAAUAGUGUCGAUCUAGAUUCUUUGGGACUUUCGGGCAGUUCUCAGACAAUGACUGCAGGCAUUAAUGCCGAUGGACAUUUGAUAAACACAGGACAAGCUAUGGAUAGUUCAGACAAUUCUGAAAGGACUGGUGAGAGGGUUUCUCCUGACAUUAAUGAAACUAAUACUGAUACAGAUUUAUUUGUGCCAACAUCCUCGUCAUCACAGUUGCCUGUUACAAUAGACAGUACAGGUAUCCUACAACAGAACACAAAUAGCUUGACUACUUCUAGUGGGCAAGUUCAUUCUUCAGAUCUUCAGGGAAAUUAUAUCCAGUCGCCUGUUUCUGAAGAGACACAGGCUCAGAAUAUUCAGGUUUCUACAGCACAGCCUGUUGUACAACAUCUACAACUUCAAGAGUCUCAGCAGCCAACCAGUCAAGCCCAAAUUGUGCAAGGUAUUACACCACAGACAAUCCAUGGUGUGCAAGCUAGUGGUCAAAAUAUAUCACAACAGGCUUUGCAAAAUCUUCAAUUGCAGCUGAAUCCUGGAACCUUUUUAAUUCAGGCACAGACAGUGACCCCUUCUGGACAGAUAACUUGGCAAACGUUUCAAGUACAAGGGGUCCAGAACUUGCAGAAUUUGCAAAUACAGAACACUGCUGCCCAACAAAUAACUUUGACGCCUGUUCAGACACUCACGCUUGGUCAAGUUGCAGCAGGUGGAACCUUGACUUCAACUCCAGUUAGUCUAAGCACUGGUCAGUUGCCAAAUCUACAGACAGUUACUGUAAACUCUAUAGAUUCUACUGGUAUACAGCUACACCCAGGAGAGAAUGCUGACAGUCCUGCAGAUAUUAGGAUCAAGGAGGAAGAGCCUGAUCCUGAAGAAUGGCAGCUCAGUGGUGAUUCUACAUUGAAUACCAAUGACCUAACACACUUACGAGUUCAGGUGGUAGAUGAAGAAGGGGACCAACAGCAUCAAGAAGGAAAAAGACUUCGGAGAGUAGCCUGCACCUGUCCCAACUGUAAAGAAGGUGGUGGGAGAGGUACCAAUCUUGGGAAAAAGAAACAACACAUUUGUCAUAUACCAGGAUGUGGUAAAGUGUAUGGGAAAACCUCGCAUCUGAGAGCACAUCUGCGUUGGCAUUCCGGAGAGCGCCCUUUUAUUUGUAAUUGGAUGUUCUGUGGUAAAAGAUUUACUCGAAGUGAUGAGUUGCAGAGGCAUAGAAGAACACAUACAGGUGAGAAGAAAUUUGUUUGUCCAGAAUGUUCAAAACGCUUCAUGAGAAGUGACCACCUUGCCAAACAUAUUAAAACACAUCAAAAUAAAAAAGUUAUUCACUCUAGCAGUGCAGUGCUAGCAUCUGUGGAGGCUGGGCGAGAUGAUACUUUGAUUACUGCAGGAGGAACAACACUUAUCCUUGCAAAUAUUCAACAAGGCUCCGUUUCAGGGAUAGGAACUGUUAAUACUUCCGCCACCAGCAAUCAGGAUAUCCUUACCAACACUGAAAUACCUUUACAGCUUGUCACAGUUUCUGGAAAUGAGACAAUGGAGUAAAUAUUACACAAAUACUUAUUCAUUGUGGUUAUUUUUAUACAGUAGUGAGAAGAAUAUUGUUCCUAAGUUCUUAGAUAUCUUUUUAUUGAUGUGCAAAAAUUUUUGGAUUGACAGUAACUUGGUUAUACAUGACACUGAAAUGCCUUACUUUGUAUGAUAUUCCAUAGUAUAUUAAAAAUGGUAAAAUUGCAUGGGUUUUGUAGGUACUUUUGGAAUCUAGAAGAAAUGAAAUUUUACCAAGUUAUAUAAAGAGAAAAUUGAAUUUAACAAUGCGAAUGGUAGUCUAACCAAAUGCAUCAAUCCUGUGUGGUUUAGUGUAAAAAUGAGAACAUGUUGGUAUUUAUCUAUUGUAAGAUAAAAAAAAGUUGGUGGGUGAAAGAAAUCAUGUUAUGAUAAAAAUUUUUGUAAUUUUCUUGAUGACUGGAAUUUUUAUUAUGCAUAACUGACAAAUCAAGUUUCCAAGCAAAUGUUACAUAGUGUAGGCUUUACUUAGCUUAUCAAUUUGUCAUUUUGAAGCUAAUUAUUUUAAUUAGGUUAACUAUGUACAAUAUUUUAAGCAUUACUCUUGUAAGAUUUUGAAAACUACAUUUUAACAUGGAACUCUAGGGAUAGUCACCUUUUAAAUCCUGAUGAAAAGCCAUGUUUAAGAUUUAAUUUGCCAAAAUAAUGUCUUGUUAAUAUUCUUUUGGUAAUGAAGUUGGGCAAUAUAACCAUUGUUUAAAAAAGUUUAAAAUGUAUAGGUUGAGGCAUUUGGGUGGCAAGAAAAUAUUAUAGUGAGUUAUCCCUUUUCUUCAAUAUGGGAGGACCAAAAAAAUAAGGUGUAUUGCGUCUUAGCAGUGAUUUUUAUUGAAUCUUGUUUCCAAAACCGUUAUGUCUGCCAGGGCCUUAAAAGCCAUUAUGUAAAUUACCAGUAAAGUAUAACAUAUGCAAACAUAACAAAAUCACUUCCAUAGUGACUGUACUCCAAACAUAUGGAUAUUAGUCAUAGAAAAAUAGAGGUUUUAUGAUAUUUUUUUAAGUAAUUUUCUUGUCUAGGUAGUCUGCACUUAAAUAUCAACGAUUUUCCUUUUUUUGCUUCUUCCCUUAAAAUUUAUAUGUAUCCAAUACACUUAAUUGAGAAAUGUAUGUUUUUUAUUAUGCUGUAUUUUCUUUUUAUUUUUUAAUUAUUGUUUAUAUUUUCAAUUAAAAAUGUACAAAAUAAAGUUACAUUGCUGGUCUUGUAAGAGCUAUACAGUUUUCUUAAAUGCAUACCUAUAACUGCAGCAGUUCACCUCUUUCAGAAAUUUGGAAUUCUGUUUAUUAUCUUUUAAGACCACCUCAAAUUUAAAGGCUACCUUAUUGUACGUUUAAAGUGUAUUAUAACAGUGUGGUAGUUAAUAAAACACUAUUUUUUUCCUUUUGA